UUGUCAUGCUCAACAGAACACAAAAAUAAUUUGACUACAGGAUCUGUGGUACGCAAGACAGGAAGUCAAUUUUAACUGUUGAUGGAAUUGAUUAGUCUUUGAUAUUUAAAUAUUAAUGAUGAUGAUGAUGCUGAUAAGGUGCUGAGUCUGAAGAAGCUGUUUUUUGUUUGUACUUCAACUUUGUCACAUCACAAAUCUCAGUACCAGCAAAAAGCAAACACACAUUGUGCACUUUUGUUUUGCAUCAUUCUCACACAGAAUGGUUCACUGGCAUUGAUGAGACAGUUUGAUGUCAUGAUUUUGUUUUAGUGUUGAAAUUUUUAACAGCAAGAUUGUUUCACUUGGUUCCUUCAUUGUCUGCAUGAAUUAAUUUAGUUGCAGUCAGGACUUGUCUAGGGGGAUCAGCAGAUGAAACAAUUCAAUGUUAGCUUACUGUACACAGGGAAGUCACUCAGGAACAUACGGAGCAGACACAGAGGGAAAGCCUUGUUAAUGUUUAAUUACUUUAUAGUGGGUUCAGGAAGGGAAGAGAUUUGGUGAAUGAAUCGGUUUUUUAAAUAAUGCAUUAUUUAGAUAACAAGGAAAAAUAACAUUAAUUUGUAUUAUAAUUGUUUUUAAUGUCACAUUUUGUAAAAUAUUUGAUUAAAAAAAUCGGUGUAAUGUUUGUACAUUGCUUCACUAAUGCACAAACUUUAAAGAUUCUCAUUUAUUCUUGUUAUAUUUAAUCAGUCGCAUUUGUUUUUGUAUUGACAUCAGUCACUGAUUUAUGUCCCAGAUUUCGUUGCUUUCGAAGGUUCGAAAAAAGUUCUUUAUGGUCUUUUUCGCAUUCCGUAGAAAUAAGGACUGUUCAAAUCCGCUGUGGGGUUGGCUUUUUUUUUUUAUUCUCACUGUAAACAUUCUUUCGAAUAUAGUGAAUUCAAAGCAACUUAAGGCAAAGUUAAAGUUGAGUCUCGAAUGCAGUUAUUUUAUCUCUAUAACCCCCACUUGCACAUUUUUAUUGUAUUAUUUUACACCCCUGUGUGACUGGAAUGGUACAGUCCGGAACUUGAACUAUUUUGCGGGAGCAGCGGGAAGCUGUUUGAGCUCCUCCGACUGACGAACAGCUUAUAUAACGUACUAAACCUACAGUUGUUCGCAAUGAGUGCCAAAAAGCGACGGGGAACCAGAGUGUCGGCAGCGCCUCCAGUGGAGAGCGAAAAAGCGUCAGCUUUUGAUCAAAUGGAUUCCACCAACCUGUCCUCUAUAGACAAAGCUAGCUUCCUGGCAGGGUUACAGAUAAAUUAUGGCAACCCUCUGCACAGUACCGCCAUGGAAGAAGAUUUAAAUGUGCCUGAAGAAGAACAGAACAGACCAGAAAACCCAGGAAAGGCCACCGGCGGACAGCGUGGAUCUGCUGUAAAGAGGAAUGUGGCAGAGGAAGGUCGAGAGAAGAGGAAGGAAGAAAAGAAGGUAGAGAGGGGCAGGAGAAGUGCUGGUGAGAAGGGCCAAACCAGCCCUGAGAAGGAAGCCACUGCAGAUGAACAAGCAGAGCCACAUGUGGAGGUACAUAAAUCUGUCCCAGAGAAGGACAGUCAGCCUGCUCCUAAAGCCAUACAGAAGCGUUUAAUUGGGAAGAAGCCUGCCAAGAGGAGAAGUGCAAGGCCUGUGAAUAAUCAGCAAAGGAAGGAGGACAAGAAGAGAAAAAGUGAGUCUGCUAGUGGAAGAUCCAGUGACAGUCAGUCACAGAGCUCUGGCCCCGCCCCACAGAAGAGCAGGCGAGUGCUUUCAUCUGAUGAGGAGGAUGUGGAUGUAGACUCCAGCUGGAAUCCAAGUCCAAAGAAGGCCGUGAGGGGAAGCUUGGGAAGAAUGAAAAAGUCUUUGUACGAGAAAUCCAAAGCUAGGAAGUCUUCAUCAGGCAGUGGAUCCGGAGAACCAGAACAGGCCAGCACAGGCCAGCAGAGGAGGAAGAAACGAGGCCAACACAGAGGGACAGAGUUGGAGGUGCUGCUGGAUUCCUUCCUUGACUUCUGUGAGCAGUACAGGGAGUCUGUGGGGUCUAAAGCUGUCAGACACACCAUUGAUUGUUUCUCCAGCAAUGUCAAAGACCAGCUCACAGAAAAGAUCACUUCACUUAAAGAGCUCAAGGUUUUAAAAAGAGAAAACAACAAGGUGGGCUCUUUGAUCCGUAAAAACACGCAGAGACUGUUUGAUGCCAAGCAUGAGAUGAUGAGAGCAGAGAGGCAGGCAUGGUUGCUGGAGAAGGAGAAAGCUGAACUUCAGCAGCGGUUAGCUGACCUGAGACGAAGCCAGGCCUUCCUCCAUGACAUCAGAGAGCUCAACCGACAGUACCUGGACUACAGACAAAAACACCCCAAUGAGAAAGAGACGUACGGGGCCUCCAGCUUACCAGCUCUGCUCUUGGAGACGAAGCACAUUAAAACAGCAAAGAGAAAAGAGACUUAAAAUGAGUCUGGGAAAUGACACAAAUGCAGAACGUUUAAAGCUCCCAGAGACUGCACAAUAUGAGAUGAGAGGCUGGAAGCAGCUUGACGGUUUGGAUUGUAAUGUAUGGUGUAGAUAAGGCUUUGUAUAUAACACUGUCCUGUUCAUUUAGAUCAUAAAUGUAAACUGGAUGAUUACUAGAAGUAUGUGACAUGUUUUAUAGAUUAAUAAUAUGAAUACAUUCAUAUUGUAUUUAAUAAAUUCAAAUAAUGGAACCAGA